AUGUCGCUGCUGCAGUCCGCGCUCGACUUCCUGGCGGGCCCGGGCUCUCUGGGGGGCGCGGCCGGCCGCGACCAGACAGACUUCGUGGGGCAGACGGUGGAGAUGGGCGAGCUGCGGCUGCGGGUGCGCCGGAUCCUGGCCGAAGGAGGGUUUGCAUUUGUGUAUGAAGCUCAAGAUCUGGGAAGUGGCAGAGAGUAUGCAUUGAAGAGAUUGCUGUCCAAUGAAGAGGAGAAGAACAGAGCCAUCAUUCAGGAAGUGUGUUUCAUGAAAAAACUUUCAGGCCACCCAAAUAUUGUCCAGUUUUGUUCUGCAGCAUCGAUAGGAAAAGAGGAGUCGGACACUGGGCAGGCGGAGUUCCUGCUGCUCAUGGAGCUCUGCAGAGGUGAGCUGGUGGAAUUUUUAAAAAAAGUCGAAUCUAAAGGUCCGCUCUCGUGUGACACCGUCCUGAAGAUUUUCUACCAGACGUGCAGGGCGGUGCAGCACAUGCACAGACAGAAGCCGCCCAUCAUCCACAGGGACCUCAAGGUUGAAAACUUGCUGCUUAGUAACCAGGGGACCAUCAAGCUGUGCGACUUUGGCAGUGCCACGACCAUCUCGCACUACCCAGACUAUAGCUGGAGUGCCCAGCGCCGGGCCCUAGUGGAGGAGGAGAUCACGAGGAACACGACGCCCAUGUACAGGACGCCAGAAAUCGUGGACUUGUACUCGAACUUCCCGAUUGGCGAGAAGCAGGACAUCUGGGCCCUGGGCUGCAUCCUAUACCUGCUCUGCUUUGGGCAGCACCCGUUUGAGGACGGGGCGAAGCUUCGCAUCGUUAAUGGGAAGUACGCGAUCCCCGCCGACGACACACGGUACUCCGUGUUCCAUGGCCUCAUCCGUGCCAUGCUCAAGGUCAACCCGGAGGAGCGGUUGUCCGUUACCGAGCUGGUCAACCAGCUCCAGGAGAUCGCGGCCGCCUGCAACGUGAACCCCAAGUCACCCAUCACCGAGCUCCUGGAGCAGAAUGGAGGCUAUGGGCAUGCGGCCCCUCCCGGCUCCACGGGCAGCGGUCUGGUGGUCGCUGAGUACGAGCAGCCUUAUGGCGGGUUCCUGGACAUUCUGCGUGGGGGCACCGAGCGCCUCUUCACCAACAUCAAGGACACCUCCUCCAAGGUCAUCCAGUCCGUUGCUAACUAUGCGAAGGGAGAUCUGGAUAUUUCUUACAUCACGUCCAGAAUCGCAGUCAUGUCGUUCCCGGCGGAGGGUGUGGAGUCGGCCAUCAAGAACAACAUUGAGGAUGUGCGGCUGUUCCUGGACUCGAAGCACCCAGGCCGCUACGCUGUCUACAACCUGUCCCCACGGAUCUACCGGCCCUCCAAGUUCCACAACCGGGUCUCCGACUGCGGCUGGGCGGCCCGGCGGGCCCCGAGCCUCCGCAGCCUGUAUAGCCUCUGCAGGAACAUGCACAGCUGGCUCCGCCGGGACCCUGGCAAUGUCUGCGUGGUGCACUGCAUGGAUGGGAGGGCGGCGUCGGCCGUGGCCGUGUGCUCCUUCUUGUGCUUCUGCCGGCUCUUCAGCACCGCGGAAGCUGCUGUGUACAUGUUCAGCAUGAAGCGCUGCCCGCCAGGCAUCUGGCCAUCCCACAAGAGGUACAUCGAGUACAUGUGCGACAUGGUGGCCGAGGAGCCCGUCACGCCCCACAGCAAGCCCAUCCUGGUGAAGGCUGUGGUCAUGACGCCCGUGCCACUCUUCAGCAAGCAGAGGAGUGGCUGUAGGCCCUUCUGUGAGGUCUACGUGGGGGACGAGCGUGUGACCACCACGUCCCAGGAAUACGACAAGAUGAGAGACUUUAAAAUUGAGGAUGGCAAGGCAGUCAUUCCGCUGGGCAUAACUGUCCAGGGGGACGUGCUCGUCGUCAUCUACCACGCAAGGUCCACGCUGGGGGGGAGGCUGCAGGCCAAGAUGGCGUCCAUGAAGAUGUUCCAGAUCCAGUUUCACACAGGGUUCGUGCCUCGGAACGCAGCUACCGUGAGGUUUGCCAAGUAUGACCUGGAUGCUUGCGACAUCCAGGAGAAGUACCCUGACCUGUUCCAAGUGAACCUGGAGGUGGAGGUGGAGCCCAGAGACCGGCCCGGCCGUGAGGCUCCGCCCUGGGAGGGUGCAGGCAUGCGAGGGCUGAACCCCAAGAUCCUCUUCUCCAGCCGGGAGGAGCAGCAGGACAUCCUGUCCAAGUUUGGAAAGCCAGAGCUCCCCAGGCAGCCUGGGUCCACCGCACAGUACGAUGCUGAGGCCGGGCCCACGGACGCCGAGCCCCCGGAGGCGGACUCGCCUCACAGCAGCGUGGACGCCGACCACUUCCUGCACACGCUGGACUGGCGGGAGGACCGGGACUCCACGACGGGCCCGGAGGGUCCCCUGGCCGAGGAGGGUCCCUCUGCUGUGGCUGAGGAUGGCCGUGUGAGCGAGCCGUCCGAUGAGGAAGCCCCAACGCCCUCUGCGGAGAGUGGGGACACGGGCGACGAGGAUGUGCCCGGCCCCGCCACGCAGCAGGAGGACAGCGUGGACCUCCUGGGGCUGCACGUGGAGGCGGGGCCCGCGCCCACCCCCCAUGCCCCUGGCGGCCUCACCAGCAAUGCAGACCUGCUCAGCUGCCUGCUCAGGGCCCCAGAUCCUGCUCCAGAGGGAGCUGCGGGGGGCCUGCUUGACGGGGACACGGCCCUGCUCUUUAGCAGCCCGGCCCCUGCCCCUUGCACACAGACCACUGCCCCGGAUGGUAGUGCCCGCGCUCACGCCUGCCCGCUCGGUGUCGCCGCAGCUGACCCAUUCGGCCUGCUUCUGCUGCCACCUGACGCGGACGCCCCCCCCAGCUCACAGCCUGACCUCUUCGGCGAAUUCCUCAACUCAGACGCCUCGGCUGCCCAGCCCGCGCCCUUCCCCUCCACCCACAGCGCUCCACCCCCAGCCUGCGGCACUGACUUCCUGCAUCUGGGGGCCCUGCCCUCCGAGCCCGGCAAGACUGCUGCCUCCGCCAGCCACCCCGACCUGCUGGGAGCCUGGGGCACCUGGGCCGAGGCGCCGGCCCCCACGCUGGCUGCAGACGGCCCCUUCUUCUCUCCUGGAGACCAGCCGGCCCCUCCUGGCCUUUCGGCCAGCCAGACCAAGUCUCAAAGCCAGGACCCAUUUGCAGACCUCGGUGACCUCAGUUCCGGCCUCCAAGGCUCACCUGCCACAUCUGCUCUUGGGGGCUUUGGUCCCAAAGCAGCGCCCCCUCCCAAGGCCAGCGGCUCCUGGCAGACGAGUCGGCCCCCAGCCCAGGGCACCCCGUGGCCCCCCCAUGCCAAGCCGCCCCCCAAAGCCAGUGUACAGCCAAGGCCUAACUACACCUCCAGCUUUAGUGUGAUCGGCAGCCGGGAGGAGCGGGGAGUCCGCGCCCCCAGCUUCGGUCCAAAGCCGAGGGUGUCAGAGAACGAUUUUGAAGACCUGUUGUCCAACCAGGGCUUCUCCUCGCGGGCCGACAGGAAGGGGCCGCGGACCAUCGCUGAGAUGAGGAGGCAGGACCAGGCCCGGGACUCAGAUCCGCUGAAGCUGAAGCUCCUGGAGUGGACGGAGGGCAAGGAAAGGAACAUCCGCGCACUGCUGUCCACGUUGCACACAGCGCUGUGGGAUGGCGAGAGCCGCUGGACGCCGGUGGGCAUGGCCGACCUGGUGACGCCCGCACAAGUGAAGAAGCACUACCGCCGCGCCGUGCUGGUAGUCCACCCCGACAAGGCCCGGGGGCAGCCCCACGAGCAGUACGCCCGGAUGAUCUUCAUGGAGCUCAAUGACGCCUGGGCUGAGUUUGAGAGCCAGGGCUCCCGGCCGCUCUUCUGA